ACCGACAGACAGACACAGACUGGGAAGCUGAGCCCUCCGCCCCCAAUCCGCGCCAGCGCCGCCACAACCCGCUCCCAGGUCGCCCGUCCAGCCAGCCCUCGCCAGGGUUCCUGUCGUGCCCAGCCCCAGACCUCCAGCUCCUCGGCGCCUCGGCUUCGCCAUGCGCUCCGCUGCUGUCCUGGCGCUUCUGUUCUGCGCCGGGCAAGUCAUUGCCUUUCCUGUGAACAGCCCUAUGAAUAAAGGGGACACCGAGGUGAUGAAGUGCAUCGUUGAGGUCAUCUCUGACACGCUCUCCAAGCCCAGCCCCAUGCCUGUCAGCCAGGAGUGUUUCGAGACACUCCGAGGAGAUGAGCGGAUCCUCUCAAUCCUGCGACAUCAGAAUUUGCUGAAAGAGCUCCAAGACCUUGCUCUCCAAGGUGCCAAGGAGAGGGCACAUCAGAAGAAACACAGCAGUUUCGAGGAUGGACUCUCAGAGGCUCUGGAGAAACAGAAUGACCGGGCCGAGCUGAAAGAGGCAAUGGGAGGAGCGUCCUCCAAGGAUGCUACGGAGAAAAGAGAAGAUCCUAAAGAGACAGAGAAUGGUGGAGACACAGAUAGAGCCAGGCCCCAGGCCUCCCCAGAGCCCGGCCAGGGGUCCAAGUUCGAGGAGGACAGUCAGGCCCUGGGGGAGCAGGAGGCCGCCAACACGGACCCCCGAGACAAAGUUCCCAGCCAGAAACACCCAGGCCCACAGGCUGAGGAAGACAGCAAGAGCCACACCCAGGGCCUGGUGGACGGAGAGAAGGGCAUGGAUGCAGAGCAAGGGCAGCAGACCAAGCGAGAAGAGGAAGAGGAGGAGGGCGCAGAGGCUGGAGAGAAGGCUGUCCCUGAAGAAGAAGGCCCCACUGAGGAAUUUAACCCCCACCCAAGCCUCGGGUACAAGGAGAUCCAGAGGGGCGAGACUGCUCCAGGUUGGUCCGAGGCUCUGGCCAUCGAUGGAGCCAGGAAGUCUGGGGCUGAGGAGGCUCAGCGCCCCCAGGCGAAGGGGGAACGGGAGCACUCCCGGCAGGAGGAGGAGAUGGCAGAGGCACCUCAAGGCCCCUUCCCGGGCGGGAAGAACCGGGAGCUGGAGCGGGAACAGGAGGAGGAGCAGCUCUCCAAGAAGUGGGAGGACGCCAAGGAAUGGAGCAAGAUGGACCAGCUGGCCAAGGAGCUGACGGCCAAGAAGCGGCUGGAGGGGGAGGACGAGGAGGAUGACCCUGACAGCUCCAUGAAGCUCUCCUUCCGGGCCCGGGCCUACAACUUCGGGGGCCCUGAGCUGCAGCUGCGUCGAGGCUGGAGGCCGUCCUCCCAGGAGGACAGCAUGGAGGCAGGCCUGCCCCUCCAGGUGCGCAGCUACCCGGAGGAGAAGAAGGAGGAGGAAGGCAGCGCCAACCGCAGACCAGAGGACCAGGAGCUGGAGAGCCUGGCAGCCAUCAAGGCGGAGCUGGAGAAGGUGGUCCACCAGCUGCAGGCGCUGCGGCGGGGCUGACGCCCCACCCGCCACCCCCGGCCCAGCCAGGGCCCCGAGGCAGCCAGUGGUCCCGGCUCUGUUGUCCCCUUUGCAGGUCCUGGCCAGACGGCCCGGGUGCUGCUUCUGGUAGAGAGGCUGCUCCCAGCCUGCCCAAGCCCAGGCUACCCCGUUGCCCCCCUCAGUCCUUUCUUCCAGCUCUUGACUCCCGCCCCCGUGCGCCCUCUGCAGGGCAGACCCCCUCCCCACCCCCGACACCCCCGCCACGACUUUAAAUGGUGAUCUUUUCUCUCUGGACACAGGCAGCUUUCUAGAAGUUUCCUUUCCACCGUCAGAGCCAUUGGGCACAACUGCAAUAACUUCUGACCUUUUGGUGAAAGCUGAGACCUCCUAACUGUAAUAUAUUCUGUACAAAAUUUAUCUAAGGAAAAAUAAAUCUGCUCUGGGC